GGUUGUUGACCAUGACCAUUUCCUGUCAGUUCUCAGCUAUCUAUUCUUUAAUACAGGCACACAAUCCCAAAAAUGGCUAGCUAAAUUGUUUAAUGUGAAGUAUGCUGAAAUUCCCAAGUCCCCCAUUGCCAGAGAGAUAAUAUUCCUUAAAAUGCUAUUAGUAUUAAUUUACCCAGGAACAGUCCUGGGUUUUGGAAUGAUUUUGGCUUAGUGGCCCCAGUUGGAAUUGCAGGUCAGAUGUCAUGAUAGGGCCAAAACUUACUUCUUUCAGUGGUCAAAAAAAUAUUAACUUGGGAUGAAAUAGUUAAACUAAACAACUCACAAGUGAACCAACUUUAAAUCUAAAUCUUAAAAAGCACCCUCUCUUUCUAUUUCUAAGAAGUUGAUAAAAACAUAAAACUGGAUUAACAGAUGUUGCUAGAAGUUCAUUUCACUUCAAGUAAACAGGCCUUUAAAUGACCUUUUACUUCCAAAUGCCAUCAAGCCCAUCCAAACUCCUACCUAUCUCCUUCAGAAAUGCAUCUUCUUUUCUGAGUCUGAGGUGGUGAAAUGUGUGUCAGUAAAAUCUGACAUGCUUGGAAAUGUUUUCUCUCGCUUUCCCAAGAGCGGCAGUUUGAUGAGCUUCCAGCUCCUUCUCAUGUUCUGAGGCAAUGAUACACUGCAAUGGCGAAUGUUUUUAUUCAGCAUUGGCCUUUUGUAGUGACCUGACAAGCAUGAAAAUAAAGAUAGGAUUGGGAGUCUUACUUCGGACUCUGAUUUUUAAAUGCAAUUUGAAGAUAUUUUUUGUUCCACUUUUGUAAUGAAAGACAUAUAUGGAAAGAGUAAGGAGGAUGUAUGAUGAGAAUCCCAUUUUCCCUUACUGGGACUUGGCUUCUACUGGAUCAACAAAUCUGCUUUCAGUCUUUUGCAUUAUGUUCAAGUCGGCUCCUGGCUGAUCAGGACAAACUCAACUGUCCACCUUGGAAGUCACACUGAUGACUUAUAUUUUUGUCUGAAACAGGAACUCGCCCAGCACACAGAAUAACACCUUAAAGGGGCCAUAUUAUACCCCUUUUCCACAAGUUAACACAGUUCCCUGGGGUCUUAAUAAAAUGUAUCUGACAUGCUUUGGUAGCACAUAGCAAAUAGCACAAGGAUCAAGCACCACAGCAGCCUUUUCAUCCUGUCUAAAUAGCCCUGUUCAGAAUGGACAGUUUGAGUGCCUGUCCCGCCCACCUCACCCCCCUCUUCCACAGGGUGUGCCGGCUACCAAGGCAGCUGUUGAGUGUGAACCCUGCAGAAACAUGGCUGACAGAGAAAACAUAGCAGUACCCAUGAGUGGUGCAGCAAACACAUCAAAUGCCUUGCAUUACUCGCACAAGUUUGACUGCGGGAUCAUUUGUUUAUUUGCCCCAAGUUUAAAAAAUCAGAAGCAGCAGCAGCAGGACUCCGAGGCUCUGCUCCCCAGCUCUCUCAUCAUCAGAGCUGGCUGGCGCUCAGCAGCCAUCUCUCAGCAAGCAGGGCCUCUGUCCCUAGUCCAGCCCUGCGAUACGUGCAAAUUUUUCGCCCUUAGCUUAGCUUAGCUUAGUUUAGCUGGUCUCAGCCAGUGCUUGCGAGAAAAACAUGGUGGACCUCAGGAAAUUUAUUGGGUGGAGACUCAGAUAGAGACAAAUGGGGGACAGUACAAUUUCAGUGAAGCCCCAUGUGAUGUAAGAAGGGGCAUCAAAUCUGAAUGGCUUGUUGAAUCAUGAGAGUACAACCCACACCAAACUGACUGGGUUGUCUUAUUUCACAAUUUGUGUGUGAAUAGCCACAUCAGAGACACAAAUAUAUACACAAAAGCACUGAAAAAGUGAGUUUUUCAUAAUAUGGCCCCUUUAACCAGUGCAUCUUUGGCACUCAGACUGUUUCCUGUUACAUUUUAAAUCAAUGAUAAGGCUUUUUCUCACCUCUCAGAGCCUGACAGUGGUACAUGCCUCUCAGUUUGUCAUGUAUCCCUGAACAGAUAUGGAGAAAUAGAAGCAGAAGAGGGCCCUCACCACAACAAAGAACCAAGCUCAAAACUUUGGGCUUCUAGCUCAAAUUACAGGGUUGAAUGUCCUCUUGGUGGCUUUUGAUCAGGGGCAUUAGAUUAUACUGUCAGCUCCUCUCUUUGCAAAUUCCAGUUGUGUGACUCUGCCUGUGGUGUCUCCUUUGAUAUUGCCACACAUACAUGCACACACACACACAUACAUAUACACACACACACACACACACUCAGUCUCAAACACAGCACAGUAAAGGAACAUCAGCAAAUAUUUGGCUUUGUAGUUCCAUCAGGUAUGUUUUUCUUUUAUUCGUUUUACUUCUAAUCAGAACUGAUGCAUAAAUCACACAACUACUUUAGCAUGAAAUCAUGCUCCACUCCCGCAGUCUGAAGCUUGGUGGUCACAUCCAAAUACACUCCAACCUACAAGCAAGACUUUCGCACAUCUUCAUCAUGAAAACUUGACAUUUCCUUUGUGAUUUCACCUUGCGAGAACCCAUGAAACACCUGGAACAUUCAUCAAAAACUAUGCAUACAGAGGCUGCAGCAGGCUGUUUGUCCUGCUGAGAUACUGCUCAGCUCCUUGUGUGUUCCACCCACCUUGUCUUUCCUGAUGUAACAGUACACCAAUCCUGCUAAUGAGCUGGCUGAAGACAGCAUGAUGGGAUGGAAGCUGCUAGAGAAAAAAAACAAAUGGAGUCUAAUGGCAUUCUUUGAAUUCUUGGUGCGUGGAGCCGCUGUUUCCGUAUUUCACGGAUCUGAAUGGUGUGGCCCAGGCAGUCUGGAAUUCCUGGCUGAGAGAUCAGAGGCCUUGAUUUAUCAGGAUGUACUCUCUGUAAGAUCUGCAAUUCACAUUCUUCCCACGAGAAAUUGGCCUGCAGAGAACACACCCAUCCAUCUCACUACAAGCACUGGACCAAUUCAGGGGGCCAGGUCUUUGCCCGGGAGGACACCACUCCUCUUUUUUGGCUUCACUGAAUAUCUGAUGCCAUCGCAUCCCAUGGGAGACACGCGUGGCUGAAGCAAGGAGGGAGGUAGAAGAGAGACCCACCUGAAGCUCACACCUACCGCUGCCCUUACCUAGUGCACCCCCCUGCCCCUCGACACUCUGAGGAGAGAAAGUUCUUUGUGUGUGACAUCUGAAGCCUGGGAUGCUGGUGACCAUGCUGUUGGCUCCUGUCUGUGUUCUACUGAUGCUGGGGGGGCGUGCUCUUGCUGGAGGCUAUCCCCCCGUAGCCCAUAUGAAGUACAUGCAGCCCAUGAUGAAAGGGCCUAUUGGACCCCCGUUCCGAGAGGGCAAGGGACAUUACAUUGAUAUGCCACCUAUGAUGGAAGUGAAGGGGGAACCAGGACCCCAAGGGAAACCUGGACCAAGAGGGCCCCCUGGGCCAGCAGGACUUCCAGGAAAACCUGGACUGGGGAAGCCUGGUCUCAAUGGCCAGCCAGGCCCUCAGGGGCCUUCUGGCUUUCCAGGAAUUGGUAAGCCUGGACUUCCAGGUCUCCCAGGAAAGAUUGGGCCAAAGGGGAUGCAAGGGCUUAAUGGCGAGGUUGGUCCUCGUGGUGAACCGGGUCCCAGAGGUCCCCCAGGGCAGCCAGGCCUCCCUGGCCCGGCUGGCCUGUCUCUAAAUGGAAAACCUGGGCUUCCAGGUAUCAGAGGCCCCCCUGGGUCUCGGGGAGAACCAGGAUUAAAGGGCAUUUCUGGCCCACCAGGUGAUCGCGGGCUUAAGGGUGAGAAUGGAAAUGGGAAGCCAGGACCUCCAGGUAUAAGGGGUCCACCUGGGCUAAAAGGUGCUACAGGACCACCCGGUCUUCCAGGUAUAGGCAAGCCAGGACUAAAAGGUUUGCCUGGACCGUCUGGUCUUAAAGGUGAUAAUGGACUCCCGGGGGAUCGAGGUGAACCAGGAGAGGCAGGGGCUCCAGGUCUACAAGGUCUGCCAGGGCCAGUUGGGUUAGGGAAGCCUGGGCUAGAUGGACUGCCAGGAGGCUCAGGUCCACUAGGUCCCAAAGGUGAGCCAGGGCCCAGAGGUGCUCCUGGAUUUCCUGGGACUCCAGGCUAUGGAAAACCUGGUCUGGGUGGGCCAAAAGGAGAAAAGGGCCAUAUUGGUUUGCCUGGUCUCCCAGGGGACAAAGGAGAUCAAGGAAGGGUGGGCCCAAUUGGGGAGUCAGGCCUUGACGGACAACCAGGGCCACAAGGACUUCAAGGCCCAAUGGGACUUCCAGGAAAACACGGAAUACCAGGACAGAAGGGAGAGCUGGGGCCCCAGGGCCCUCCAGGACUGCCUGGCCUCAGAGGUGAUCAAGGCCCCAAUGGGAUCCCUGGAAAACCUGGUAUCUCUGGGGACAAAGGCAUCCCUGGGCUGAAUGGUCCUAUUGGAAAACCUGGACCCAAAGGUGAAGCAGGGCAUAUUGGCCUUCCUGGUAAUCCUGGGCUGACAGGUGCUCCUGGGCCAAAAGGUGAAACAGGGUUUAUAGGGACACCAGGUCCCAGGGGUCAGUCAGGUAUUCCUGGUCUUCAAGGGCCCAUGGGUCCCAUGGGGCCACAGGGUGUCCCUGGCCUGAAGGGUGAACCCGGACUUCCAGGGGCACCAGGGCUGGGUAAGUUUGGAGAUAAGGGAGCCAUAGGUCCCCAAGGUCCUCCGGGGAAACCAGGCCCUGCUGGGCUCAAUGGUAACCCUGGGCCUCCUGGGCCACCAGGGCCCCCAGGUCCUCCAGGAAAUGGCCAAACAGUUGUUGCAGGUCCAACAGACCAGUUGGAAGGGGGUGAAGUACCAGGAGACAGAAAGGGGCCAGCAUACAGUCAAGUUCCACUCUCUGCCUCUAUAGCACCAGCCUUCACAGCCAUCCUCACCACGCCUUUCCCUCCCUCUGGCAUGCCAAUCAAAUUUGACAGGACCCUGUACAACGGGCAAAAUGCCUACAGCUCGGCUACUGGCAUGUUCACUGCUCCUAUAUCUGGUGUCUACUACUUUGCGUACCACAUGCAUGUAAAGGGAACUAGCCUGUGGGUGGCACUGUACAAGAACAAUGUACCAGCCACUUACACCUAUGAUGAAUACAAGAAAGGCUACAUGGACCAGGCGUCUGGUAGUGCUGUCCUAGAGCUGAAGGAGGGUGACCAGGUAUGGGUCCAGAUGCCUUCAGAUCAGGCAAAUGGCCUCUAUUCCACCGAAUACAUCCAUUCCUCCUUCUCAGGAUUCCUGCUCUGUCCUACAUAACCCUGUCCUUUCAUUCCCAACACGUUCCUGUAUUGGCACCUCAGAGCAGCCCUAAACCUAAAAUACCUGCAGCCAUAAUAGAAACACAAAACCCAUGAAAUUCUCAAUACAAUUUCCAUCAUCUGUAUCUGUCUCACCCUCAACAAUAUCAGCAAAAGAAAAAAAAAACUUUUUUGAAUGAAAUAUGGAAAGAUUUAAAAGGCAGGGGAAGGAAUAUUAUACUGUGUUCUGUGUUUCAAUGUCCUUCAAAUGUGUGUUUUGGGUUGUAUUUUAUGUUGGUGUUUUUUAGCUUAUAUUAUUUUAAUUAUUAU